AUGGCGUGUGAGUUUUGUGCUUAUACCACCAGGAAAUGGAGUAAGCUGAAAAAACAUCACAUUAAAGUUCAUGUGGCUUUCUAUAAAGAAAACAUUGCUGCUGAAUUACUAAAGAAAAACUUCAAAAAGAAAACAGUGUUAUCUUCUUGUAAAUUCUCAACAGAUUACAGAUUAACUUCUUCAAAUUGUGGAAAUGUUGAAUUCAGAUGCUCAAUACUGAAGGAGGAAAAAAAUUUAUUAUCAACUAAUGAAAAGACAGCUGAGUUGUACCCCACUAUAUUCAAACCGUGUGAAAAAUUGCAGAUAAAUCAUAAAAAUCAAACAACUGGACCUCAAAAGUUACAGUUAUAUGAAUGUGCCCUGGAGAAUUGUAAAACUUGUCAACUAUACCAUAAUGGUAAACAGAGAGGCAGCGAGCCUCCAGCUGAGAAUUUUGUGUGUGACAUUUGCCAAAAAAGUUUUAAAACCUUAUCUCAUUUGGCUUCUCAUAAAAUUGUGCACACUCCAUUGAAAUGUUACAUAUGUUGCCACUGUGAUAAAAGUUUUAACAUUGGAGAUGAAUAUGAUCUACACUUAACAACACAUUUUAGGUAUAAACCAUUUAAAUGUGAAUUUUGUGAAAAAUGUUAUGCAAAUAAACGUUAUCUUAAUGAUCACAUGAGAUUGCAUACUGGAGAAUCAAUUCACAAAUGUGAGAAAUGCAAUUACAUAACCACUCAUCUGUCUCGGCUAAAACAACAUCAAAAGAUUCAUCUAAACCUUCAAUUAGUUGUUGGUUUUGAAAAUGUACAAACUUGUGAUAAUUGCCAGAAAAGCUUUGUUUCUUUAGCUCACCUGUUGUCCCAUCAACUGAUGCAUACACCUUUGAAGCUUUACAUAAGUAGUCAUUGUGGCAGAGGCUUUAACUUACCAGACGAAUAUGACCUGCACCUUGUAAAGAGACAUUUCAAGUACAGACCUUUCAGAUGUUCAUUGUGUGAGAAAUCUUUUACCAUCAAAAAAAAUUUAAGAGUUUACAUGAGCAUACACACUGUGGAUUUAAUGUAUAAGUGUUCAAAUUGUGAAUACACAACAAAUGAUAAAAGUCCUUUCUCAGAACAUAAAAGAGUUCACAUGAACAGUAAGCCUUUCACAUGCAAUGCUUGUGACUAUUCAACAGCUUCUAGAAGUUCUCUAAGAGGUCAUUUAAGGACUCACUCUGGUGAGAAGCCAUUUUGUUGCAACCUAUGUGACAAACGAUUCAGUCAAUAUGUAACUUUAAUCUCACAUAAACAGCAUAUUCAUCUAGUUUAA